CUUUUCGGGGGUUGGGGCCGGAAGUGACGCACAGCCCUAGCGGCAACAACAGUUUUCCACGUGCGCGUAGGGCGCCGGGAUCACGUGGGGAGGCAGAAGCCAAUGGGGAAGCGUUUCGUGUGGGUCUUCAGAGGUGGUGGCGCCAGCGGCUACCUCCUGCCAGUGAGGAGCUGGCUGAGAGGGGACUGGGCGCCAGCGGUGAAGGAGGAGCGCUAGGUCGGUGUACGACCGAGAUUAGGGCGCGCGCCAGCUCCAGGAGGCCGCGGUGAGGGGCCGGGCCCAAGCAGCCGACCCGAGCCGAUCGUCAGGGUCGCCAGCGCCUCAGCUCUGGAGGAGCAGCAGUAGUCGGAGGGUGCAGGAUAUUAGAAAUGGCUACUCCCCAGUCAAUUUUCAUCUUUGCAAUCUGCAUUUUAAUGAUAACAGAAUUAAUUCUGGCCUCAAAAAGCUACUAUGAUAUCUUAGGUGUGCCAAAAUCGGCAUCAGAGCGCCAAAUCAAGAAGGCCUUUCACAAGUUGGCCAUGAAGUACCACCCUGACAAAAAUAAGAGCCCGGAUGCUGAAGCAAAAUUCAGAGAGAUUGCAGAAGCAUAUGAAACACUCUCAGAUGCUAAUAGACGAAAAGAGUAUGAUACUCUUGGACACAGUGCUUUUACUAACGGUAAAGGACAAAGAGGUAGUGGAAGUUCUUUUGAGCAGUCAUUUAACUUCAAUUUUGAUGACUUAUUUAAAGACUUCGGCUUUUUUGGUCAGAACCAAAAUGCUCGAUCCAAGAAGCAUUUUGAAAAUCAUUUCCAGACACGCCAGGAUGGUUCCAGUAGACAAAGGCAUCAUUUCCAAGAGUUUUCUUUUGGAGGUGGAUUAUUUGAUGACAUGUUUGAAGAUAUGGAGAAAAUGUUUUCUUUUAGUGGUUUUGACUCUACCAAUGGGCAUACAGUACAGACUGAAAAUAGGUUUCAUGGCUCUAGCAAGCACUGCAGGACUGUCACUCAACGAAGAGGAAAUAUGGUUACUACAUACACUGACUGUUCAGGACAGUAGUUCUUUUUCUGUUCUCACUAAAUCCAACUAGUUGACUCUUCCUCAUUAUCUUUGAUGCUAAACAAUUUUCUGUGAACUAUUUCGACAAGUGCAUGAUUUCACUUAAAACAAUUUGAUAUAGCUAUUAAAUAUAUUUAAGGGUUUUUUUUUUUUGACAAAUUCAACAUUCAACGAGUAGACAAAAUGCUAAUUAUUUCCCUGAUUAGGAAAGUUUCUUUAAAAAACACGUAAUUUUGCCUAGUCCUUUUUCUCUACCUGCCCUUGGGCUCACUAAUAUCACCAGUUUUAUUACCAAGAAAAUAUUGAGUUUACCUGAUUAAACUUUAAAAGUUAUUGUAGAUUUAAAUUGUGUGAACCUAAUGAUUUUUGCAGUGAAACCUUUACUAAUUCGAAGUUGCAUGUUCUGUAACAUCUGUGACUUGGGUUGCAGAAUGUACAUGAAACUAUAAUUGAGUCAUUCAGCAAAGGAGAACAGUAUCUUGGUUAAUUGCUACUGAAAGGUUGAGAAAGGGAUGGUUUGAUACUUACCACAGCCCUGUGCCUUUCUACAGUAGAACUGGGGUAAAGGAAAUGGUUUUAUUGCCCAUAGUCAUUUAGGCUGGAAAAAAGUUGAAAACUUAACGAAAUAUUGCCAAGAGAUUGUCAUGUGUUUGGUCCCAGGCUAAAAAUGAUUUUGUAGUGUUGAAAUCAUAGCUACUUACAUAUCUUUUUCACAUUUCUUUCUUAGUUGUUGGCACUCUUAGGUCUUAAUACGGAUUUAUGUGUUUGUGUGUUUAGUUUAUCCUCUCUCUACUCAUCUUUAUCUAGAGAUUGACUAAUACCUCAUUCUGUUUGUAAAACCAGCCAGUAAUUUCUGUGCAACCUUACUAUGUGCAAUAUUUUUAAAUCCUGAGAAAUGUGUGCUUUUGUUUUUGGAUAGACUUAUUUCUUUCUUUAGUUCUGCACUUUUCCACAUUAUACUCCAUAUGAGUAUUAAUCCUAUGGAUACAUAUUAAAUGUCUCAUACAACAUUGUAUGUGAGAGAAAUAUAAAUAUUUACAACCUGA